AUGUCGGAAAAACCCACUCAGAGUUUAUCUCUCGACCAGGAUAUCGACCAGGAUACCCUGUGCAGAAUCCAAGCUCGACUAGCGCAUAUCACGCAGCUCUGGACCGCUGGAAAACCCUUCUUCCCUCGCACCUUGCUCGAGGACUUGAACCGGCAGAUCGACGAAGGCGCAGAGGAAGUGUAUAUCAACGACCUGGAUGACGUGUCGCAGAAAUAUAGUCUCAAGGUGCCGAGCUGGUGCUCUGAUUUCGCCAGUAGCACCUACCGCAUCAACUACUCCAGCAUCCAACACCUCGGCCACCUCACACCCAUCUGUCCGGAACUGGCCCUUCGUAACGACCACACUCCCGUCUCAAUCGUGUACGCGCGCUCCGUACUCUUGCCGUACUGCAGUAAUCUCGAGCAAGUACGUGCCCGAUUCAUCCAGACGCGCGACCUCUGGCUGGCAAGUUCUACUUACCGCGACCUGAACCGCAUCAUAUCUACCCUGCCGCUAAACGUCCCGAUCACAAAGAUCGUCUGCUUUGCGCUGGGCACGCUCGCCCCGCUAGACGACUUAGACAGUGAGGGGUCCGUGUCUCUCGACAACUCCUCGAACGCAAGCCCGAUCAGCUGCUCUUUCGCCUGGCAUGUAACCCGCGCACAUGUGCAACAUGCCGCUGUCGAAACAAUUCGCACGGCGCUGAAGAAUCGAGGCAUGCUCGGUCCCUUGGGGGUGAAAUGCUACGCGCAAGACCCCGCAUAUGACACUGUGGACUGUGAGUUUCUGGCCAGCAUAGACAUCACGGUGUUGGAUGAUCCGAAAGGGUUUCUGGAGGUGGAUGCCAAUACGCUGGUCGUGUCUGUCAGUCCCAAUGUACCUGUCAGGCAGAUCGUGGCGGACGUGCAGUGGCCGGCCGCGAUGGUGUGGAAUACCGUGGCGCUGGUGGAGAAGGAGACGGAGGGCUGGGUGAAGAAUGUAGUGGAGAAUGGUAAGGUGCGGUGGUUAAGUCCGUUUACUACAGAUCCCGACUGUGCGCGCGUGAGAAACAUGAUCAAAGGGUAUGCGAGCGCUACGUUGGACGAUGCGAAUGACUUCUUCGGGGAUAUGACCAUCUACAUGAAAUGA